AUGGACAGCGACAAGGCAAACAACCCUACACCGGCAGGUCCCUCUCGACGACGAGGCUCUGGACCAACCUUCGAAGGCCUCAUGAACCAAAAGCGAGCCAGUGAUCCUAAUACCCUUGCUCGCCGUGCUAGUCUACAUGACCAGAAGCCCCAGGCAGGCUUCUUCGGACAGAUGUGGUACAAGAACCUGCCACGUUCCCAACCGCGAGAUGAUCAAGCCGGUUGUUUUGUAUCGCCCGGAUCAGACGCGUUUCCAAUCGAGCCGGGGGCCUUUGAGACAGUGCGGGCGAACCCGCGAAACCUGUCCGCAGAGAGACGCGACCAGCCCAGCCCCAAGUCAGACAACACCUACAGAAACGCUGCGGCGUUGUGGACCUUUUGCCUUCCUACCAAAACUAGCUCCCACGUCUCCGGGUGGCUUCGCACCGGUUCCGGGGACGACCCGGAGUUGGUGCGAAAUAGGCAGCGUUAA